AUGAUAAGAAUUCAAUAAUUAGGAUAGCAAUUCAAUGGAACGAAGUCAACAUUGACAAUUGAGGAUUCAAGAUCAGGGAAGAAAUACGAGAUUCCAAUUUCUAAUAAUUUUAUUAAGGCAAGUGAUUUAGAAAAGAUAAAAGAUAAUAAUGGUUCAUUGAUUCGUUCCUAUGAUCCUGGUUAUAUGAAUACAGUGAAUUGCGUAUAUAUUUGGCAUUAAUGAGCAAGACAUCUAAAAUCAGUUUUAUUGAUGGUGACAAUGGCAUUCUUGAAUAUCGAGGUUAUCCAAUAGAGUAAUUGGCAGAGAAGAGUACAUAUUUAGAAGUAGCCUUUUUACUGAUCUAUGGGGAAUUACCAACUUAAUUGCAAUAUGAUAAAUGGUGUAAAAAGUAUUGAAUAAUUUAUUAUUUAAUUUAAGAAUCUAGACACAUACAUUUGUUCAUUAAGAUCUUUAUGGAUUACUUUCUUAAUUUAGAUAUGAUGCACAUCCGAUGGGAAUGGUUAUUAGUGCACUUUCAGCAGUGAGUACUCUCCAUCCAGAAGCUAACCCAGCCUUAUCAGGAUAAAAUAUUUAUGCAGUAGCUAUAAAUAAUUAUUUUGUUUAGGACUAAAAAUCAAGAAAUAAAUAAAUACAUAGAAUGAUUGGAUCUAUAACUACAAUUACUGCACUUGCAUAUAGAAAUAGGAUUGGUAGAUAACCCAAUUAACCCCAUUAAUAAUUAGGAUACGUUGAGAACUUCCUUUAUAUGAUGGAUAGAUUAAAUGAAACUAAUUAUGCUCCACAUCCUACUAUAGCAAAGGUCUUAGAUAUUCUUUUCAUUUUACAUGCUGAACAUGAAUUGAAUUGUUCUACAUCUGCUGUUAGACAUCUCACAUCUAGUGGUGUUGAUAUCUACACUGCUAUUGCUGGUGCUGCUGCUGCACUUUAUGGUCCUAAACAUGGUGGAGCUAAUGAAGCUGUCUUGAGAAUGCUUGAAAAAAUUGGAUCCAAAUAAAAUAUUCCAUCAUUUAUUGAAAAUGUUAAAAAUAAAAAAGCACUUCUCUUUGGGUUUGGACAUAGAGUCUAUAAAUCUUAUGAUCCCAGAGCUAAAAUUGUUAAAUAAUUAGCUUAUUAAGUCUUUGAUCUUGUAGGCAAAGAUCCCUUAAUUGAAAUCGCUUUAGAAUUAGAAAACAUUGCAUUAAAUGAUAAAUACUUUAAAGAUAGAUCACUCUAUCCUAAUGUUGACUUCUAUACUGGAAUCAUUUAUAAAGUAAAUCUAUCAUAUUUAUCUCUAGGCUCUCGGAUUCCCUACUGAUAUGUUUCCUUUAUUAUUUGCUAUCCCAAGAAUCUCUGGUUGGUUAGCUCAUUGGUGUGAAUUCCUUGAUGAUCCUGAAAAUAAAAUUGUUAGACCUAGAUAAAAUUAUCAAGGAUACAAACUUAGAGAAUAUGUCCCUAUUGAAUAAAGAAAAUAAACAGACUCUUAUAUUCAUGCACCAUCAACUUCCUUUUCAACAAGAAGAAACGUUUCUGUUAAAAAAUGA